CUAAUAUGAGUUGGAUAACCAUUAAUAGUUAAAAUGAAGGACCAGGAGGUCGAUGGGGACAUACCAGCAUUACUUUAGAUGAUAAAUUAUAUAUUUUUGGAGGUUAUGGUAUAAACUUAUAAAUAUAAUUAAGAUGGCAAUUAUCUAAAUGAUUUUUAUACUUAUGAUUUUGAUCAUAAUUUAUGGCAACUUCUAUAAUAAAAUGGAUAGAUACCAGAACCUAGAUCAAAUCAUAUUAUGUUUAUUAAUAAUGGAACUAUUUAUAUUCAAGGUGGUGGAGGUUUAUCUAAAAAUCGAUUUGGCGAUCUCUAUUCAUUAAAUAAUUAAACUUGGACUAAAUAAAAGAUUAAUUUAAUACCUAGAACUUAUCAUACAGGUUGUGUUGGUGAUAAUAAACUAUUUAUAUUUGGAGGUGAAUCAGGCAAAGAUUUAGAAGAUUUAGAAAUCAUUGAUUUAAACAACUAUACAUAAUUUACUGUUAAAAUUUAAUCUUAACAAAAACCAGAACCUAGGCGUUUUGCAACUCUUCAAUAUUAUAACAAGUAAUUAAUUUUAAUUGGAGGAUGUACAUAAUCUUAUAAUCCUACUCCAUCAAUCUACAUUGCAAAUUUUCAAGAAUAAGAAAAUUAUGUAAGUAUUUAUUGGUCUUAACUUAAAAUUUAAUUUUCUAAAUGGGGUCAAUCUUGUAUUUUAUUUGAUGAUUUAUUCUAUUUAUUUGGGGGAAGAGAUGAUAAAGAUUCCGAUGAACUUUACUCUUUUGAUUUGUAAAACAGUAAAAUUUAAAUCAUUAAAAAUGAGAAUAAAAUUAAAGCAAGAAGGAAACAUUGUGCAUCUAUCGUUGGAAAUUCUUUAGUUAUAUAUGGUGGUUUUAAUGGCAAAUAUUAAAAUGAUUUAUGUUUCUAUGAAUUACCACUUAUUAAUACAGUGCCACUAUCUGUCGAAUUGCCUUCAAAACCUUACGAAGAAAUACCAUAAUACCAAUUUGAAAACUAUUUUCAAUAAAACAAUGGAAUUCAUUUUUAUAAUGAUUAAUAUGAUUGCUUAAUCUAAACAGAUGAAAAAUGUUUUGGUGUAGAUAAAUCAGUUCUCAUCAAUACUUCUGGAUACUUUAGAGAACUUUUCUAUGGAGACUAUGCUGAAGGUUAAUUACUAUAAGUUGACUUAUCAUAUAUAGAUCAUAAUGCUUUCGCUAUUGUUUUGAUUUUCUCAUACAAAAAUAAUCUAAUACUUCCUAUUCUAGAUAAAGAAGAACUAUUUAGACUACUAGAACUAUGUGAUUAUUUAGACAUGGUAUAAUUAAAAGAGAAAACUUAAUAUUAUAUAGCUUAAACUGUAGAUAAAAAUACAGUUUAAGAAAUAUACAAUCUCUCUAUUGAACAUUAAAAUAAUUAGUUAUAAAAUUUUUGCGCUUUUAAGGUUUCAAAAUUGAAAAUGCCUCUAUAAGAAAUUGACAAUAUUUAAAGUUAAUAAGUAAAUAACAUGAAAAAAAUUAGAAAAUUAUCAAUCGUUAAUGAAUAAUGA